UAUAUAAAGGAAGAAAUCCAAGAACUAUUCACUAUAUAAUUGAAUAUUACGAAAAUCAAAAUUACGAAGGCAUUUUACUUUUCUUGGAUUAUUAAAAAAAGAUUUGAUUCAGUUGAACGGAAGUUUGUCUUUUAAACCCGGAAACAAUUUGACUUCGGGGAAAACUUUCUGCUGUGGAUUUCAAUAGGGGAUUUUCGAGUUCUUCCGUUCCGUGCGUAUUUUGUGUUUAUAAUCUACUUAAGUCACAUGAUUUGGCGAUUUUGAUAGGCAUGGUUUCUUCCGGUUUAGCUAACAAUCAGACGAUUUUCUUCAUUUAUUGUACUCGCUGGUUUUGAUACCGAAUUUAAGAACCAGUGUCAUUGGUAUGUGGCAGAGGGAUGUAAUACGGAUUUACGUAAGAGAGAAAACUGGCACGUGGCAUCGUUUUUUCAGGGAAAGGGGGGGGGGGGGCUAGAAAAGAUGUCUUUACAAUAUUUUGUCUUAAAUUCUUGUCAAGAAUGAAUAAAUAUGAGCAUCUAUUUUUCAUAUAAAAUAGAUGCCUUUAUUUUACGAGAAAUACUCGCAUUAAAUUCGGGUGCGGGAUAUUGGGGCCUCAAUAAACAAGUGCAAAUGUGCAUCACAUCGGGAUCGGCCUCCUUUCUGAUGCUGACUUCAACAUGCAUCUAUUAAUCGCAUUAAGAUUUUUAGAAUAUUAGGCAAUCAAUAUGUACGGAUGGUUGUAGAUUGUCUAAUUACAUAUGUCGGUACUGUACCGCAUGCACAGUAACGUGGUUUCAUGAAAUAUAUGUGACUUUUGAUUGUUCAGGUAUAUUCAUCUGUUAAGGUCAUAUAUAGUGCAUCUUCAAAAACUACCUGGUAAUCCAUAGAUCCUCAGCCAUGCAUUAUUAAGACCAUCAUCUUUCUACCUUCUAAAUUCUUAUAAUUUCGCCUGCUUAUUUCUUUUGAAAUAUUUGGAGGUGAGUGAUUUUUAUUAAAAUUAUUUCAUGUGUCGCCUGCUUUGAUAUAUUAGGCAACUCGCACCGAUCAUGUUAUCCGACAUCCGCCUGUUGAGUCAUACUUUGAUAAUAAAAACGGAAUCUCACAGGCAAAACAUAAAGAGUGUCGACUUUUCACCAUAACAGGCGCCUAGAUCGCCUUUGAUAUUGGGGACAGAAAAGAAAGUUUAAUGUGUCUUUAUUAAAUUUGCAACCCCCCCUCCAAAGUUUCAAUUGCUAUAAAGAAAGGGGGGAGGGGGCUCGUCCUCCACUACAUGGGUUCAAGUCUUAAUUCCAAGAGCUACAUACUUCUUAGUUGUUCACCACUCACGUCAUCCAAUAUAACAGCUUUAAUUAAUUGUCAAUACCCCCUAUCCCAAUCUAUUUUACGUGGCUGAUGUAUUGUAUCUAUUUAAAAAAAAAAAGAAAUAUGGCAGAUUAACUGAAUGCUGUUUUUAUAUUUCGAGUGAUUGAGAUCCCUCCAGGAAGAGGACCAUCGCGAAACACAACUGGGUUUAAGCAUAGAGGAUAAGAUGAGCGUUGCAUCAGAGCUGUGGCUGGACCAAUAAACAGGAACACGAUCAAAAUAUGACAUGCCUGAUUGUGACAUUUGGUCAUCACUCUUGGGACAAGGAACAGUUUUCCAUACCAAGGGUGCAACCACGUGUAGUAUGUUGUCUCUGGAUGGCCAACAAAUUGAAAAAUGGCGCUGAAGAAGUCCAAUCUUACCAUGCAUAGGAUGAUAAAAUUGGUUAUACACAAAACUAAAACUUAAAACCUACAGCCUGUUUUGAUGAGGGUAUAACGACCAAAAUGAUUACAUUAGACAAAUGUUAUCCUCCAAAUAUACCACUACUACGAUUUUCCCAAGUUCCAUACCAGCCGUAAAUUGAUCGGAGGUUUUCCUACAUCCUAAAGUUCUGACGAAUUGAAUACUUUUAAAUAAGCUACUUCCAAGUGUCCGUGCAGUGUAUGAAUUUAUUAGAGGUUUUACACUGACAUCUCUGUUUUCUAGAACAAGGAUGGCUAUAAGAUAAGCAAUAGCAUUAUCAUGGAGAAAUGCAUUCUGUGCCUAAAAGAUGACAGUACUACAUCACUUGUCAAACUGCGACUUAAAAGGUUGUCAUGGAAUCAUCAGAGCAAGCCAAGAGAGAGGAGACCGUCUGUCAGUAUCUGAACGUAAUUUUGUCCAUCAGUCUUGCAGGAAGACAUAUACGAAUCCGAAUGAUAUCCAGAAAUGUAAACGACAAAGACAGGUUCUGCAGGAAGCAAACACAAAUACACCAAAAUUACGAUCAAAGGCCCGGUUUGAUUUUAAGCAUCACUGUUUGUUCUGUGGAAAGGAGGCAACAGAUGCAAAGAAAAAAGACAAAAAUGUAUUUCCUGUCCGAACUGGUGAUUUUGAGAGCCGAAUCCAAGAGGCUAAAUUAACAUAUGCAGAGUUAAAGAACUUAAAAACACCGGAUAAGACUCUCCGUAUUGAUCUGCUGUCAGUAGUUAUUUGGCCUCUUAAAUACCCGACACCUAUGUGGUCAGGCUUCAUGCAGAUGGUCCACAGAGGAGACUACCCAGGUAAAUCUUCGGUUCCAUCCCUGCCUAUGAUAGAUUUGAAUGCUUCCGAUAUGACAUGUAUAUAUUCCACACUGAAUUUCGUCUCUAACCAAGCAAAGCGUUAUGACAUCACCGCAGUCUUGACUUUUGAUCAACCUCUCUACUGGAAAGCACUCUCAAUCAUUCAAAAUGAAAAUCCAGGAAGUCACUUGAAGUCUGUAGUAUUACGACUAGGACCAUUCCAUACAGAGAUGAGCUUCCUCGGGUCAAUUGGAAAUCUCAUGGCUAAUAGUGGACUGAAAGAAAUGCUAGAACUUAUCUACGCCCAAAUGCAGUAACGUAUUUGCUUAAUGGAAAAGCUGUUGCUAGAGCCUUUAGGGGUCACAUGUUGGUGGAUACAGCACUUCAUUGCUUGUUACUUUCAGAGAUCUUCGAUAUUGAUGUAACUAAAAUUUUAGAGGAACCCAAAUCGAACAUUGAUUCUGUUGAACUAAGGGGGAUUGAAAACCUAUACUCUCAACUAACUUCUGGAGAACUAUCAGUUUCAGAAGCAUGCAGCUCGGAAGUCUUGAUAAACCUUGAAGCAACUGUCCGCAGUAGAAAUUUUAAAACAAAAUCGAACAGCAAAAUUAUGGCUUCAAUAUUCCGAAAUGAUUCAGAUCUUGAGACAACUUGUUAAAGCAGAGAGAACUGGUAACUGGCCUCUUCAUUUUGCAAACCAUCCAAAACAUGCUACCAUUUUUUGCUGCAUCUGGACAUAAUCUGUAUACGAAAACGGCUUAUGUUUACUUGAUGACAAUGCAGGCUUUAGAGAGAGACCAUCCUGAUGUUUAUGAGAUUUUCUCAUAUGGUAAUCAUGUCAUGAGGCGCACCGACAGAUACUGGUCUGGAAUAUCAUCAGACUUAUUGAUUGAACAGGUCCUUAUGAGGAGUGUGAAAACUGCAGGCGGAUUGAUGAGAGGUCGAGGUUUGACUGAAGCACAGCGAUCCCUAUGGUUAAUAUCCAUGCCCGCAUGUGCUGACAUCAACCAAGCCAUGCAAGAUUUGUCCGGGGUAGGAUACUUUUCUAGUGAACAGCUCAAAGAUGAAACACAUGCAAGACAGAAGAAAGACACUGAAGAUAUAAAGACCCUUAUCACAUUCCUAAAAGAUAGGAAUCCAUUCCUUGAAGACGAUCGUUCACUGCGAAACAUUGAAACAGGAGUAGUAGGUGAUAAAACAGUGAAUGUAGAUGAUGCUAAGAAGGUUGGAUGCUGUAUUUUACAAGAGUUACCUGGGGAAAAUAUAGCUGAUCAUUCGUUUAAGAGAAAGAAGCAAGCCGUUACUCUUGGAAACAAAACCCAGAUAAAACUUGAUGGCGAACCAAUACAAGUAGAUCCCCACCUUCUCUUUCAGAGACGCACAACUGCUGCAAAUGGUAUUUUCGAUGACAUUUCAGAGAUAUUUCAGUAUGAAUUAUGUGGAGUUCCUUCAUCAAUAUUUGAAAGCACUGGUCUUCCAAGAGAGCCCCAAAAAUCAAACCUUGCCGAAUAUAUAUGGAAUUUAAUUGAACUAAAACCAGACGAACCAACAGAAACACAUUUUGUAUUGGAUGGCGGUUCUCUCAUACAUCGUCUGCCAUGGAUAAAAGGAGCAACAGUCGACGCCAUAUGCACAUCAUACAUCAAUUACAUCAGCAAUCACUAUAGCAAUACUACCGUUGUAUUUGACGGAUAUCCAUCAGUACCAACUACAAAGGAUGUAGCUCACGUCAGACGCACAAAAGGAGUCGUCUCUCCAAAAGUAAUUUUUAACAAUGACACACCGAUAAGAACAAAAAAAAAGAUGUAUUUCUUUCAAAUCCAGAGAAUAAGCAGCUCUUCAUUAACACCCUUGGGCCGAAACUACAGGAUGCUGACGUUCCGGUUAUCCAUGCAGAAGAAGAUGCUGAUUUAAAGAUAUUGCUCACUGCAGUCGAAAAGUCAGAACACCAUACAACGACCGUCAUAGGAGAAUAUACAGAUCUUGUAUUGCUCUGCUAUCACUCAAAAGAUACUAUCAACAAGAUUUACUUCAGAUCAGAACCCAAGCAAAACACUACCAGACUAAAGAUUUGGGACAUAAACGAGACUAGGAACAAACUUGGAUUAUCCAUCUGCAAUAUUUUACCAUUUAUUCACGCAUUUAGCGGAUGUGACACAACCUCUAGAAUUUUUGGUCAAGGCAAGGGUACAGUUCUCAAGAAGAUAAGUGCAAACACGCAAUUACAAGAACAUGCAGCCGUCUUUUGCCAACAAUAUAGUAUUGAUAGCAUUCAAAAAGCUGGAGAACAAAUGUUUGUUGCGUUAUAUGGGGGGUUACAAGACGUCGAAACACUAGAUACUCUGCGUUACAGAAUUUUCGCCUCGAAGGUUUGUGUGGGAAAUAUCUAUGUACAGGUACAUACACUGCCCCCAACAGCUGACGCCGCAAAGUUACAUUGUAUGAGAGUAUAUCACCAAACGCAAGUCUGGAUAGGGAAAGGCGAUAAACUAGAUCCAAAGGAUUGGGGUUGGCAUAUUGAGGACAAUAAACUACUGCCAAUACGAGCUAUACUUCCACCGGCUCCCGACAAGCUCUUAAGGAUCAUUAGAUGUAGUUGUCAACUGAACUGUGACUCAAAGCGAUGUUCCUGUCGUAAACACGGCAGUGACUGUUCUCCAGCUUGUGGGGAAUGUCGAGGAAUAAAUUGUUCAAAUACAAGUAACAUUCCGCAAGCUGAGGAACUUGACGAUAUUUAAAGGCGUGGAUUCAGAAAUUAACAAUUUUGUGUUGAGAUGACAUUUAUUUCUAUUAUUUUUUACAUAUGUCAUUCCAAUUUUUCAAAAAAGAAAACCACUAAUCAUCUGUUUUCAAAUAUUCAUAUUUUAAAGAAAAAGAAAAUUGCAUGAAAUGUGUCAAUUGAUUAAAUGAUAAAUAGAAAAUGAAGCAAUAUUAAGCAUUUCAAUAUACUUUUUAACCAAAUGUUUACCAAAAUGCAGCUAUAUAAGUAUCCUUUGUAACUGCAUUUGUUUGUAUUUACAAAAAUUGAAUUGAUAAAAUGACACGAUUUUUAAUGACCAGAAAGAUUAACAAUAUUUUAAAUUGUUGAACACUUCAUCAGUUUCAAUUAUGAACAGUUUUAAAAAAUGUUGGUGAUGUGAAUUUCCCUUUGAAUAUUACUUUUGAUAUUUUCAGUGAUUUUCUUAGAAAAAAGCGUGUUUUUACCCCAAAAUUCACCGUUGAAGUGGUAAUUGUACUAUCAGAAAUAUUAAAUGUUGUG